UGCACGGACUAAGAUAUAUUAUGAAUUAUGACCAAUGAGUAAUUAAUUAAUUAAUGACUUAGUAAUUAAUGACCAUUAUUGACUCACGUAGUGUGGUAGUCACGUUUCCCGGAGCACAGAUACGUCAGAUACAUCUUCAGGUUACUACUCAGUACUCUCUAUAGUACUGAAUAUCGAUUUGAAUAUACAUUCACCAUUUUCUUAAUAUUAUGUUCAUUUUCAUUCCAUCAUGGUUUAUUAAACUUGAGUUAUUUACUGGAUUUGAUAAAUAAAAAUAUUAAUGUGAUGUAACAAUAAAAAUUUGUAUUAUAGUAUUUCAAUUAUAAUUUUACUUUAUGACUGAUGUUAUGCUGUGUUAUUAUUUUAUUAAUUAAAAUUAAGAAUGUCAAAUCUGUGUAGAGACGAUUUUGAUUCGGGUCCUAAACAUGUAUUUUCUAUUGAAGAAGGGCUAUGGCUAGGAAACCUAACAGCUGCAAUAGAUUUAUCAUUUUUAAGAAGCAAUGGAAUAAACUAUAUAAUAACGGUGGAUUCUUGUCCAUUGCCGGAAAUUAUAUUAGAUCUGAGAGACAUAAAUGUUAAAUAUAUACAAGUUACUGAUAUGGAAGGAGAAGAUCUUUUAAGCCAUUUUGAUAGCGCAUAUGAGUUCAUAAAAAAAGGUCAAGAAACAAGUUCUGUUCUUGUGCAUUGCUAUUAUGGAAUAUCCAGGAGUGCAUCAAUUAUUACAGCUUAUAUUAUGAAGAAGUAUAAAAUUAGUUUUGAUGAUGCUUUCCAAAGUUUUAAAAUUUUGCCACAAGACUGUAUUGACGUAAUUAAAGCAGACCCAUCUCUAAUAUGUGCUAGACCAGAUCCAAAAGUUUAUAGAUGCCGUAAAUGCCGAAGAAUUUUAGCUUUACAAUCAAAUUUAUUACCCCAUUAUAUCAAUGAAAAAUUGUCGUGGAAAGAUUCAAAACUGUCUUCAGAUUAUGCAGGCUCUCAACAAUGUUCAGACACWAUCUUUAUUGAACCGAUGACUUGGAUGUCAGUGAGCCAAUCUGAAAGUGGAAAGAUCAACUGUCCAAAAUGUCAAUCUAAACUUGGUUCUUAUAGUUGGACAAUGGGAUGUCAAUGUCAAUGUGGUGCCAAAGUAUCUCCAGCAUUUUAUUUUGUGCCAUCUAAAAUAGAUUACAGUGGAUUUUUACAAAAUGUUCAGGUUACUGUUUGAAAACUUAUUAUCUCAUCAUUGAUCAUCUUGUUAAUAGAUAUUAAAUAUUAUUAAAUUGUUGAUAUUUAAGACAAUAACCCAAUAUACACUUAACCAAAGACUUUUAUUCAUAAAAGUAAAAAUUAGGUCAUUAGCAUAAACUUAAUCUAAAUACACUU